AUGAACUCCCUCCAUGUUGCCCGCGCGGCCCUGCGAGCCCGCCCCGCCGCCAUGCGGGCAUUCGCCCAGCGAAGAACGUACGCCGAGGCCGUUCCCGACAAGAUCAAGCUGAGCCUUUCUCUUCCUCACCAGUCCAUCUACAAGUCCCACGACGUCGUCCAGGUCAACAUCCCCGCGGAAUCCGGCGAGAUGGGCGUCCUCGCAAACCACGUCCCCGCGAUCGAGCAGCUCAAGCCCGGUGUCGUCGAGGUUGUCGAGGAGAGUGGCGGUGCCAAGCAGUUCUUCCUGUCGGGUGGGUUCGCGACGGUGCAGCCCGGCUCCGCCAUGAGCAUCAACGCCGCCGAGGGCUACCCGCUCGAGGACUUCAGCGCCGAGGCCAUCAGGUCCCAGAUCGCCGAGGCCCAGAAGAUCGCCGGGGGCAGCGGAAGUGAGCAGGAUAUCGCAGAGGCCAAGAUUGAAUUGGAGGUUCUCGAGACACUGGCUGCUCAUGUGAAAUAG